AUGUUGUAUGACGAGUGGGAGCAGAGAAGGAGGAGCAGGUUCCAGCAAGCCGGGGGGACUCUCUCCGGGGGCUGGACCCAGCCGCUGGGGCAGCCCGGGGCUCUGCCGACACCAGCCCCUGAGCCGGAGCCUGCAGGCUGCAGAAUAACAUCCAUGUUUUGCUCCACAUCACUUCAUUCUGCCAGGGGAAGGGAAAUGGCUGUAGUGGAGCUGAAACAGGCACUUGUGACCUUCAGAGAGGUGGCUGUGUAUUUCUCCAAGGAGGAAUGGGCUCUGAUGGACCCUGGUCAGAAAGCCCUCUACAGGGACGUCAUGCAGGACAAUUAUGAGACGCUGAUCUCACUGGGAUUUGUGACUCCUAAACCUGACUUGAUCUCACAGCUAGAACGAGGAGAGGUGUCAUGGGUCCUGGAUCUCCAGGGCUCUGAGAAAAGUAACAUGCUGACAGGAACCUGCAUGGCAGAUGAUGGGACAAUGAAUGAGAACAAGGAGGAGAAUUCUCAGCAGGAAGAUCCUGAGCAAGUGGAACCCCAGGGGACGUUAUCAGGAAGAUCGGAAGGGGAUGUUUCCCAGACUUCUGAGCAAGGAGAAGCCUGUCAGACACAGCUCAGGCCUCAGAGAAACCUCUCUGGGGAGACAAGGGGUAAAUCCAGUUACCGUGGGAGAAGUCUCAAAGGCAUCCCAAUCUGUCAGGUGACCCACUUGGGAAAGGGACCAAAGACACUUGGUGACUCAGGGGAAAGAUACAAUAGCAUCUCACACGUUAUUAGUCAGCAGAGAAUCUGCAGCGCAGGAAAAUCCAAGAAAUGCACUGACUGUGGAAAAAGUUUUGCUUAUAAAUCGGAACUUGAUAGACACAAUAGAAUCCACACCGGAGAUAAACCCUAUAAAUGCCUAAACUGUGGGAAAAGCUUCACUUUGAGCUCCACCUUGAUAAAACAUCAGAAAACUCACACAGGGGAGAGACCCUAUAAGUGUCCUAACUGUGGGAAAAGUUUCCGUCAGAGUUCACACCUUGCUAGACAUGAGGGAACCCACAGGGAAGAAAAGCCCUUUAAAUGCCCUGACUGUGCAAAGCAUUUCAGUUGCACCGCAAACCUUCUUACCCAUCAGAGAAUUCAUACAGGAGAGAAGCCCUACAAGUGUCAACACUGCGGGAAAAGCUUCACACACCAUUCAUACCUUCUGGGCCAUCAGAGAAUCCACACAGGAGAGAAACCCUAUAAGUGUCGACACUGUGGGAAAAGCUUUACACACCGCUCAAACCUUAGUACGCAUCAGAGAAUCCACACAGGAGAGCGACCUUGCAAACCUAAGGACUGUGGGAAAAGCUUCAGUGUGAGCUCAGAUGUGAUUGGCCAGUAAAAGCUGGAAGGGAAACUGGUGGGGGACAGAAACCAUCUUCAACAAAGACUGUAUCUUGCUAGGUUAAGUUAUAGUCUUUUAGAUGACUUUUCAUUUUAUUUGCUUGUAACUGUUUCCGACUUUAUCCCUUUUACUUGGUAUCACUUAAUCUAUGUCCUUUUGUUAAGAAGUUUGUUUUGCUUUCAUUCUAAAUCAUCACUGUUGUGUACGUUUUGUAAAGUGUGCGCUUCUAGAAAGCAGACAGGAUGGAGUGUUUUACUAGGCCUCUGUAGGGGCAGAGAACCUAACUCUUUCUGAGAGUUCAGUGGGAGGGACUGGUCCCUGCUGUAGGAUGGUUUUGGGGUGAACUCAGGUCUGGGAGGGUACUGAGGUCAGUCUGCAAGGAGUAACUGGAUUGGGCAAAGCCAGGGUGAAGAUUAUGGGCUGCUGGCAGGCUGUUGAGAGGGGAACAGCUCUGAACCAAAGCUACAGAGCCACAAAUCAUCCAUGGGUAUAAGGGAAACACUGACUGAAUCCCUCACUGGCCUGGGUGAACUCCAAAUCAUCACACUUGGCAACCCACUAUCCUCAAAAACAUCUCCAUUCCCCAUCAAUAAGAUCAUUUCUCUGCUUAUGCACCUAAACACCCACUCUGGCACCACACCUAUGAAUACCAGCUGAGUCACAAAUCCUGGGGCAUCUCCAAGUGCGUCUUCAUUGACUUCAGUACAGUGGACAUCUUUCUCAAAACUGACGCAACUUGGGCACUAUAGAUUACUUUGUGUCUCAAGCCUGUUCUUGAUCUGGCAGAGACAAUCAUGCAGGUCCUCUUUCUCUGGACCAGUUGCCAUGGAAACUGUUCCAAGGGUAUAGAGUGACCCAUCCAUUCCCCACGCUUCAGUGUGGUUCUGGGUAUUUCAUGGCUGGCUCUCCACAACUCCCUUAUCUGCUGGCCUGAACUAACAGUUGAAUUUUUCUCAGAAUUCUGCCCACAGCACUGCUUGGCCCCAGGAAAUGGGCAGUGGGCACUAGUUCCUCAGUGGCUGCAUGCCACGGGUAGCUGGCCAGGCAGAGAUAUCCACUGAGUAUGGUCCUUGAUUUCUGUCCAAAUACAGCAACUACAGUGAUGUGUUUUGGAAACAAACACAGACACUGUGCCCAGUCACUCUAUGUUUGAGCCGGAACUAGCUGUACUGCGCAGCUAUCGUCUGGUGACCUCACAUAUGC